AUGGGGCUGCUUUCUAACAGGAUUAGUAAGGACAGCCUGAAACCAGGAGAUCAUAUAUAUUCAUGGAGGAAUGCUUACAUCUACGCCCAUCACGGAAUCUACAUUGGGGAGGAUAAAGUAGUUCAUUUUACCAGGCGCGGUCAAGAAGUAGGAACAGGGACCAUGCUAGAUAUCCUCUUGUUGAGCUCAGGGCCAGCCCGCUCUACUGUUCCUUGUCCCAACUGCACUAUGCCGGAAGACAGUCAUGGGGUUGUCCUAUCAUGCUUGAACUGCUUCCUUGCUGGUGGUAUCUUGUAUCGGUUUGAGUAUGCUGUCAGCCCUGCUCUCUUUCUUGCAAAAGCGCGUGGUGGAACUUGUACUCUUGCUGUAUCAGACCCAAAUAACGUUGUGGUACAUCGAGCAAAGAACAAUGGGACAGAGCGGCCAAGCAGCAUCCAUCAUAGGGGGCCUCUUGCAGCCGUUUUGUCUACGCCAAUGCGUCUUGUGAGCACCAAUAUAUAUGGGAUGGCAGCUACAGCCGUUGGGGUUUAUUGUGCUAGCAGAUAUGCUGCUGAUAUUGGCAUGAGGAGGGAUGUAGUGAAGGUGUCAGUAGAGGAUUUGACAAGGAGGCUUGCAACAGGCCUGCUCCAGGUUAUUGAACCCCAAAUUUCAGCUACACCAAUCCAAGCGAUUCAAUAG